GCCCCGCUCGGACGCAGCAGCGGAGCAGCGGUGGGAAGGCGGCCGUCGGCGGCCGUCGCAGCCGUGCCGGCGGGGGAAGGCUCCCCGCGGCCCCGGGGGCUGCCCCCAGCAGGGCGGGGGGCGCCGGCCAUGGCCUUCACCAUGCUGCGCCCCGUGGCCGCCCGCGUGCUCUACCCGGACCUGGGCAUGCUGUCGGAGGACGAGGAGAACCGCAGCGAGAGCGACACCUCGGACCAGUCGUACGGCUGCUACGAGGCCGUGGAGGCGCGCCGCAAGGUGGCCCGCAAGCCGGGGCCCAUGGUGAUGGUGAAGCAGAGGCAGGCGGCCAACGCGCGCGAGCGGGACCGGACCCAGAGCGUCAACACGGCCUUCACGGCCCUGCGCACCCUCAUCCCCACCGAGCCCGUGGACCGCAAGCUGUCCAAGAUCGAGACCCUCCGCCUGGCCUCCAGCUACAUCUCGCACCUGGCCAACGUGCUGCUGCUGGGCGAGGGCUGCGAGGACGGGCAGCCCUGCUUCAGUGCCAUCUACGGGGCCAAGGGCGACCUGGACAGCAAACAGCCCCGCAGCAUCUGCACCUUCUGCCUCAGCAACCAGCGCAAAGGGGGCGGCCGGAGGGACCUCGGGGGCAACUGCCUGAAGGUGCGGGGGGUCACCCCGCUGCGGGUGUCGCGGAGAUGAGCCGGGGCCGCGAGCACCCCACCGGAGACAGCGGCACAGCCGGCCGCAGCCCGCGCACGCCAGCCCCAGAGACCGCAGCGGGGAGGGACGGAGCCCGGCGGGGCCGCGGGCUGGCACCGCACCGAUGCCGGCACCGGCACCGGCACCGCGGCGGGAGGACGCUGCCGUGGCCGGGAGGAACUGGGGGUCCCGCGCCCCGGGGUAGGGGGGACCCGGCUGGGACGAGCAGCCCGCACGCGGCCGGCGUCGACGCGCUCCGGGGGGGGGGACGGCGGCGCGGCCCCGCGGGCGCUCUGUGUGCACACGCAGCCGCUUGGAAAAUAAAAACCUUAUUU